UCGGAAGUUUCCAGAGGCGCCGCGUGCGGGAGGCGGUCCUCUUGUCUCGCGCCGGUCCGGUUGUGUGCGCGCUGCGGACGCUGGGGUUCGCACGGGCGGGUGUGCGCUCGGGCAGGGCGUGCUCGAGCGGCGUUUCCUGCGCGACUGCGGCCUGGCCGCCGACCAUGGCUGUGACCCUGGAGGAGCUACAGAAAGAUCUGGAAGAGGUAAAGGAAUUGCUGGAAAAGGCCACUAGGAAAAGAGUACGUGAUGCCCUCACAGCUGAAAAAUCCAAGAUUGAGACAGAAAUCAAGAACAAGAUACAACAGAAAUCACAGAAGAAAACAGAAGUCCUUGACAAUGAAAAGCCAGCUGCUGUGGUCGCUCCCAUUACAACAGGAUACACAUCGAAAAUCAGUAAUUAUGGAUGGGAUCAGUCAGAUAAGUUUGUGAAAAUCUAUAUUACCUUAACUGGAGUUCAUCAGGUUCCUACUGAGAAUGUGCAGGUGCAUUUCACAGAGAGGUCAUUUGAUCUUCUGGUAAAGAAUCUCAAUGGGAAGAGUUACUCCAUGAUUGUGAAUAAUCUCCUGAAGCCUAUCUCUGUGGAAGGCAGUUCCAAAAAAGUCAAGACUGAUACAGUUCUUAUCUUAUGUAGAAAGAAAGCAGAAAACACUAGUUGGGACUACCUGACUCAGGUUGAAAAAGAGUGCAAAGAAAAAGAAAAGCCUUCACAUGACACUGAAACAGAUCCUAAUGAGGGGCUGAUGAAUGUUCUAAAGAAAAUUUAUGAAGAUGGAGAUGAUGACAUGAAGCGAACCAUUAAUAAAGCCUGGGUGGAGUCGAGAGAGAAGCAAGCCAAAGAAGACACAGAAUUUUGAGACUUUGAAGUCUUUUUGGGAACUGUGAUGUGGAAAUACUGAUGUUUCCAAUAAGGCAAUGUUGGUGAGCUGCACAUACAAAUUUACAAGAUAACUAUUUACAUCGCCUUUUUCUAAGUAAAGGCAGUGAAUUCUUCAUUUCCUACGGGAGGAUUUAUGAAAAUAAAAGAUGUUUAUCAAACACUUGCAAAGAUGGCUUUAUUAGUACGUUGGUCAUUUUGUUGAAGAAAGGGUUAUAUUGCAUUCUCAUGUGAAAUGUAGAAGGCAAGUCUUGCCUAAUGAAAAUGCUACAUUGUAUGUAUCUUUGUUCAGCUAAGAGGUGAGGGGGGAAAGCAUUCACUUGUUAAAUUAAUUCCCACCAGUGUAGGAAUAAGAGUGCAACCUGAGUCUGUACCUGUGCUUGAAGGUUGCUGUGAAUCAGCCAACCCUUAUUGCAGCUUCAGCAGUGUAUAUACCGUGUGUUACCAUGCACUAAUAAUCCAGUCACAGAUGUUUCUAUGUUUUAAAUAUAUUUGUUUAUGAAUACAGAAUAGAAAUGAAUUCUAAACUUGACAAAAAUAGACACACAUCUUUGUAUAGUAACAAAUAAUAAGUUUUGCCAUUGAUCAAAUGGCUUACAAAAGUAAUAACCGCAAAGCAAAAAAUAAUUGAUUUAAAAGUCCACUAUUACUCUGUUCAAUAAAGUUAAAUUUUUCUUUAA